AUGAACAGCCAGUACAUGCGCAGGGAAGUCUUCUGCUGUGAGACCUGCGAUGAGCUCAAAAGCUUCUGGGAAAAGGAAAUUAGCAAGCAGACUUGCUACCGAGAACUUGAAGAAGAUCGUCAGGAGAGAAGCGCUCUGAGAAAGCUUCGAGAAGAAUGGAAGCAGAGGCUGGAGAAGAGGCUGAGAAUGCUGGACAACCCUGAUGAGGAGGGAAAGCAGGCUAACCCCGAGAACUGAGUGUUUCUAGCAAGCCAUCAAGGGCAUCCUUUCCUAGGAGGAAAAAGACUUCUACCGAGUUAGACUGACUUACUAAGCAGAACUUCCCCUAUUUGCUCUCCCAUUUGAGAAAGGACACACAUGUAAACCCCACCCUGUGCUAAUGGAAACUGUUAUUCAGCUCAACACGCUCCACACAGAGGACAGGGUGGCUGCAGGGGUGGGAUGCUUGGAUUGUUU